UAAGACUCACCUGUGCGCGCUCACCUGCGCGCGGGCGCUUCCGCAGGAAGAAGGAAGCAGCGCCGCAGUCGUCUCCUGACCUCCCUCCCCUCCUCCUAGAUCUGCUCGCUGCCUCCAUGUCUGCCUCGGCUGUCUUCAUCCUCGACGUCAAGGGCAAGCCCCUGAUCAGCCGCAACUACAAGGGCGAUGUGGCCAUGAGUGAGAUAGAGCACUUCAUGCCUCUGCUCAUGCAGCGGGAGGAGGAGGGCGCCUUGGCCCCGCUGCUGAGCCAUGGUCGGGUCCACUUCCUGUGGAUCAAACACAGCAACCUCUACUUGGUGGCCACCACGUUGAAGAACGCCAAUGCCUCACUCGUGUACUCCUUCCUCUACAAGACAGUGGAGGUAUUCUCUGAAUACUUCAAGGAGCUAGAGGAGGAGAGCAUCCGGGACAACUUUGUCAUCGUCUAUGAGCUGCUGGAUGAGCUCAUGGACUUUGGCUUCCCCCAGACCACCGACAGCAAGAUUCUGCAGGAGUACAUCACACAGCAGGGCAACAAGCUGGAGACAGGUAAGUCGCGGGUGCCACCCACCGUCACCAAUGCUGUGUCCUGGCGCUCUGAGGGCAUCAAGUAUAAGAAGAAUGAAGUCUUCAUUGACGUCAUAGAGUCUGUCAACCUGCUGGUCAAUGCCAAUGGCAGCGUCCUGCUGAGUGAGAUUGUGGGCACCAUCAAGCUCAAGGUGUUUCUGUCCGGAAUGCCAGAGCUGCGGCUCGGCCUCAAUGACCGCGUGCUCUUCGAGCUCACUGGCCUUUCAGGGAGCAAGAACAAGUCUGUGGAACUGGAGGAUGUGAAAUUUCACCAGUGUGUGCGACUCUCUCGUUUCGACAAUGAUCGCACCAUCUCCUUCAUCCCUCCUGAUGGCGACUUUGAGCUUAUGUCGUAUCGCCUCAGCACCCAGGUUAAACCGCUGAUCUGGAUUGAGUCUGUCAUUGAGAAGUUCUCCCACAGCCGUGUGGAGAUCAUGGUCAAGGCCAAGGGGCAGUUUAAGAAGCAGUCGGUGGCCAACAGCGUGGAGAUAUCUGUGCCGGUCCCCAGUGAUGCUGACUCCCCACGCUUCAAGACCAGCGUGGGCAGUGCCAAGUACAUGCCUGAGAAGAACAUUGUGAUUUGGAGUAUAAAGUCUUUCCCGGGGGGCAAGGAGUACCUGAUGCGCGCCCACUUUGGCCUCCCCAGUGUGGAGAAGGAAGAAGAGGAGGGCCGGCCCCCCAUUGGGGUCAAGUUUGAGAUCCCCUAUUUCACCGUCUCUGGGAUUCAGGUCCGAUACAUGAAGAUUAUCGAGAAAAGUGGUUAUCAGGCCCUGCCCUGGGUCCGCUACAUCACCCAGAGUGGUGAUUAUCAGCUUCGUACCAGCUAGAAGGGAGAAGAGGUGGGAGCGUGAACAUGGGCCUCCCUCCCCUUAGUCCUUGACUGCACACUUUAGAGGAAGGGAGGGAGGGGAUGUGGGGAGGGUGUAUGUGAGCAGGCCCUGGUUGGCUUAGCAGUUUCUUGCUUCCUGCUCCCAGCACCUGGCCUCCUCCCGGCCUUGUCCUUUACCCAGAGGCUGGGAGGGAUGGUCUCCCUACCUCCUUCUGCCUUCGGACUCCCCACUUCCACUUUUAUAUGAAGAAAGAGAGGAGGGGCUUGAAGGCCCCCUCAAAAGUGCCUUCUUGCCAGUAACCUGUCUUAGGGGGUAUUGGAGCCCCUUCUCCUUCACAGCUGCUGAGCCCAGAGGCCCACCCCUCUACGUUUUAGAAUGGCAUUAAAAAGAUGAAUUUAGCCACUG